AUGAAAAACGUUUCUUCCCUCGAAGAAGACAAUCUCUGGAAGCGUAUUGUGAUGCUAGAGGAAUACAAACCGAAAUCGAAGCUGAGUGAGAGUUUAACCUCAACGGUUUGGCUAGCGAAGCACAGGUUAACCGGAGUAGAAUCGGUGAUCAAGUGUUUCGAUCUCUCGAAGCUCAAUCGCAAUCUCCGAAGCUCUUUAGACAGCGAGCUCGAUUUUCUAUCUUCCGUCGAUCAUCCCAACAUCAUUCGUCUUCUCCAAGUUUUCCAAGAUGAAGAUUUUCUCAUCAUGGUUCUGGAAUAUUGCGAUGGAGGAACUUUAUCAUCGUAUAUUCAACGUCAUGGGAGAGUUGAAGAAGACAUUGCCAGGAGAUUUAUGAAGCAAAUUGGAGCUGGUUUGGAAAUCAUUCAUGAUAAUCACAUCAUACACAGGGACCUUAAACCUGAGAACAUUUUACUUGCUGGAUCAGGUGAUGAAUUAGUGUUGAAGAUAGCUGAUUUCAGUCUUGCUAGGAAACUAGUUCCGGGAAAGUAUCUUGAGACUGUGUGUGGUUCACCGUUUUACAUGGCUCCUGAAGUUCUUCAGUUUCAGAGAUACAAUGAAAAGGCUGAUAUGUGGAGUGUAGGAGCGAUCCUUUUCGAGCUUCUUCACGGGUAUCCGCCUUUUCGCGGUAUGAACAAUGUUCAGGUGAGAUCUUGA